AUGGCUUUUGAUCGCUAUGUAGCCAUGUGCGAUCCCCUGAGACAUUCUACCACACUGACAAACUCCACGAUGGCCAAGAUUGGACUGGCCAUGGUGCUUCGUAGAGGCAUGCUUGUACUGCCCUCUCUCCUCCUGGAGAGACAGUGGACAUGUUGCAGAACCAACAUCAUCCCCCACUCAUACUGCGAGCACGUAGCUGUGGUGAAGCUGGCCUGUGCCGAUAUCCGCGUCAGUAGUUAUUACAGCGUCUCUCCGGCAUUCUGUUUGAUCGGUCUGGAUUCAUUUUUUAUUGCCAAAUCCUAUACUCAGAUUCUGAGGGCCAUCUUCAGUCUCCCAACAAAGGAUGCCCGGGUCAAGACUUUGGGGACCUGCAGCUCCCACCUGUGUACCAUCUUAGCCUUUUACGUUCCCGGUCUCUUCUUCCUCCUCACACAUGGGUUUGGCUAG